AUGACCAAGCCUCUUCAUGACAUUGCCUGCCAAAAAAUUGCCGAAUUCGUUCAAAAUGGUUCAUACGAUAACAGAGAAUUUGAACUUGAUUCCAAAUCGAGUAACAUUGUUUAUUCAUAUUUAAUGAAUCGAGAUAAACCAUUCAAUUUAAAAACCAUCCAUAAACUGAACGUAACAAAAGUUACACUACACCCCCAGACACUGGAUGAGAACACUGCAAGGCAACUGAAACAAUUCUCGUUGAAAGAAUUGAAAAUUGGAAAUUUUUCUAAAUCUAAAAGUUGGUGCAUAUUUAGAAGAAAAGAAACCCGUCAUGUUGAUAUUGUCCGCAUUUUGGAAGCUGUUCUGAACGAGGAAACCCGUAAAAAUCUUCAGUACUUACACAUCGAAAAAGAUCAAAAACUAAUGAAAAGAUGGACUGCAAAGAUUGGAAACAUGUUACCAUCACUAACACAUUUAACUAUGAGCGAUGUUCAUAUCAAUGAAGAUGAUUUCUAUCAACUUUUCGGUAAUUUUUCAAAUCUUCGGUCAUUGGAUAUCAGUGGAACCAAUAUCUUAAACAUUGCCGGUAUUUCGAGAUUAAAACAACUGGAAGUGCUCGCUCUGAGAGAUUUUUCAAUUGCCACAUAUACGGAGCUUAAAGAUUUAUUUAACUUAAAACACCUGAGGGUCUUGGAUGUAUCACAAACAAGAUUUAAUCUCCAUUCUAGAAAUAAUAUUGUCGAGCAGUUCACAGAAUGUAAAAUGGAAUUACCAGAGUUAAGAUUCAUGGAUUGUACCAGAACCUCGUUGAGCGGUGACAUUUUAGAGUGUUUACUAAAAACGCAACGUAAUCUUCAGUUAGUUACAACAAUAAUGACUGAAGCGGAAACAUCACAAUAUAAUGAUGUUCGGGUUUUGAAUACUGCAUACUUUCAUAAAUCUGUUCAAGCUCUAGUUUACUGUUUAACUGCAAGAAAAGAAUUUGACAGUGGAUACUGUAUGAAAGCAAUCAGAAUUUCAAUCUCUGAAGAUAACUUGCAAAAUCUCAAUAUUCCUUCAUGUAUAAAAACAAUUGUAAAAUCAAUGCAAACGUUUGAUUCAAUAUCUGUUACGCAAAAUGGGCUCAAGUGUUUGAUAAUAUUCGGAAUGCUCUAUUCCAACCAACUGUGUUCAAACGGAGUGACGUUAUUGGUUGAAGCUUUAAUGAGCUUCGUUUAUUUGUACAAAAGGAUGAUUUCAGAAGCAUACGUAAAAGUCAAUAUUUCCUACUGGAAUGCCGUCGAGAAACUUGUAAAUUUGAAAUUGGGAAAACUCGAUUUUGAUAAAAUAAGCAAAACCGCUAUGAGUUUUCUAUUAGAGAAUCGAGUAAGCAAGGCUCUUCGUACCAGAGCAUCAAGUGUUUUGUGCCAGUGCAUACAUAGAAUGCAUUCUGAUGAAUUAAAAUCUCUAUCUGAAAAAACUGAGAAUGUGAAUCGAUUAGUCGAUAUACUGGAAUGGAGUGUAGGACAGAAAAAUGAAACGAAGCUUUCGGAAUUUUUUGAAAUCACUAUCAAAAUGACUGAAAAAAGUUCAAAGGCUUGUACCAACAUGAUACAAGCUGGAAUAAUAAGUAUUUCAUUGAGUUGCAUGGAAAAGGUUGAGUCUAAUGAUAUUACUACGAAAUGCUUGGAGUUGUUAACAAAUCUGUCAUCCGCUCUGAAUUAUGACUCUUUGCAAGAACUCUACACAUCAUCAAAUGUCGAUAAGAUUGGGCUAAUGCUUACUCGACAGAAAAAUGACAUAACGUUCCAAACUACUUCAUUGCUCACAAAACUAUUGCACCACGCUGAAGGGAACCAGGUUCAAUAUAAACUCAUCAAUCAGUUACUGGCUGAAAGUAAUCGCUUAGCAAUUGGAAUUGACAAGAUUCAUAUUUGAAAAAUUCUUUGAAAAGUGCCAAACAAAUUUGUUCUAUUAAAAGUUCCCAUUAAAAAACCCCAAUCAAAUUUCCCUAAUACAUUACAAAUGACCCUAUUGCAUCAUUCCUCAACUGUUCAGAAGUUAGGGCUCUUUACGGUUUUUGAAAACUUGUUUCUUUUAUGUAAACUUGCAUGUUUGAAUCUUUCUCUGUUCCUGAUUAAAAAUCAACUCAGUUUCAUAAAUCUUAAACCAC